GUUUGACAGCUUUAGUGGCUGCGCCUGGCCGCCGCCAUAUCUUUACAGUUAGUUUCUUGGCCGAUUUAGCCGCGACUGGUUCUUGGUUGGGGAAUAUUCGGAGGCCCUCACGUACCGAGCGUCUGGUUAAGUCCGAAAUUCGAGCUGUGAAGUUAACUGGAUUGCGGAUUCUCGUGCGAGCCGAACGAGGAAACACCAGGAACGCCAUUUUUUUCGAGUGAAGAUACUAAUCGAUUUGGCAUUUGCAUAUCCUUUACACCGAAAGCGGGCACCACGAACAGGAGCAGGUCCAUUCCAGGAGAAGCAGGAGGACUCUUUUCCGCCCCUGAAUCCCCUGAAGCGGGAGGAAGGCCGCCACGUUGGAAGGAAAACGGCUUUUCACGGCAGUUAAUAAAUUUUUAACUGGUUCAACAAUUGCCCGCGAGUUUCGCCAACUAAUGACGAGAAACGCGGCGGUGAGUGGCGAUGAACCCGACGAGGAGCAGGCGUCAGCGGCAGUCGCUGAAGGCGAGGAUCAGGAGAGCCAGGACCAGGCGAUGCAGGAAGACGAGCAACCAGGAGACGGGGGUCACCACCUCAGCAGCGGACAGCAACCAUCGACAGGGCAGUGUCGCCAGAGGCCGCGAAAGAAAUUGACGGACAAGCAACAACAACGAAGUGCUGCCAAUUCGCAUCCAGAGCAGGCGGAUGCGGACACAGAUUCCAGCUCCUGCGAAGGCAUCAAAGUGGGUCAGCGGAGGAGUACGCGGGUGAGCUACGCGCAGAGAAAUCUUCAUGCGGAUGAUAUGGACGACUAUGACUACGACGAGGAGGGGGAGGACGACGGCGAGGAGGAGGAGGAGGAGGAAGAAUCCUACGACGACUACGAGCAGUUCUCGAAACCGGAAGGACGUCGACCUGCUGGCAGAACCGCCUUGAGCGUCCGCAGCAGACGAAAGACGAAAAGCCGUCAGAUCUCCUAUGCCUCCUCGGACUUGGAGCUGGGAAUCGGCGACGGAGCCAACCUAAUCGACGGCGAGAGCCUGGAUAAGCGCCGCUGCAUCUCCAAGGGACAAAUGCGCGAGUUCCGGGAGGCGUUCCGGCUCUUUGACAAGGAUGGCGAUGGCUGCAUAACCAAGGAGGAGCUGGGCACAGUGAUGCGAUCCCUGGGACAAUUUGCCAGAGUGGAGGAGCUGCAGGAGAUGCUGCAGGAGAUCGACGUGGACGGGGACGGCAACGUCAGUUUCGAGGAGUUCGUGGACAUCCUGUCCAACAUGACGUACGAAGAUAAGUCGGGCCUGUCCUCCGCCGACCAGGAGGAGCGGGAACUACGCGACGCCUUCCGCGUCUUCGACAAGCACAACAGGGGAUACAUAACAGCCUCCGACUUGCGAGCCGUGCUGCAGUGCCUGGGCGAGGAUCUGGACGAGGAGGACAUUGAGGACAUGAUCAAGGAGGUGGACGUGGACGGCGAUGGGCGCAUCGACUUCUACGAGUUUGUCCAUGCAUUGGGCGAACCGGAGGACUCGCAGGAGAACGACGACGAGGAGGAGAACACCACGUCGCCGCUGCCCACACCUAAAUCGGCGAUUUCCCUAAGCUACGACUAAGGCCACCCGACUUCGCUCCAUGUCCAUGCUGAUGAUCAGAAGUUUAAAUAAAUGAAUUGCCGACUUGCAAUAAUAUGAACCGACAAGGAUGUUCAUCAAUAAUCGAACGGCAAAGACUCGAAAGGUGUCGUUUAUUUCUUAUUGACUUUUUUCAACUACUAAGCCAUAGUUAAUCGAGAAGGAGUCGAUUGACCAGUAUUAGGCGAACAAAUUAAAUAGAACUUAUCAAAUUAACAACUUUUAAUUGAAUGAACGCACAGCUUAUCAAAUUGAAAAGGUUAUUAAAUAAACAUAUACAUUCAUAUA